AAGGCCAUUAGGGCCAAGCCCUGAAGAGGCAUGUCCCAAGACAGCUCUGCGCAGUGCUCACCCCUGCAGGCGCCAGCGGGGCCGGGCCUGGGCCACCCACCGCACCCGGGCCUGGCGACUGGGCAUUACGGCUCACGCGGAGCGCCGUAGCCUCGACGCCCAUGUGUGUUGUCUGCUUCGUGAAGGCGCUGGUGCACGUGUUCAAGAUCUACCUGACCGCCAACUACACCUACAACUUCCGCAGCUGGCCUGUGGACUUCCGCUGGGAUGACGUGCGCGCCGCCGGCGGGGGUGGCAGCAGUCACCGUGCGCUGACGUGCGCUGCAGCCGCGGCGGGCGUGUGGCUGCUGCGGGGCGCGGCACUGGGCGGGGACGCGCCGGGGCGACGGCUGCGCGGGGCGCGCAGUCAGGCGCAGUGCCUCCUGCAGCAGAUCCGCGAGCUGCCGGGCCAGCUCGCCAGCUACGCCCUGGCCCACUCGCUGGGCCGCUGGCUCGUGUACCCCGGCUCCAUGUUCCUGAUGACUCGCGCGCUACUGCCGCUGCUGCAGCAGGGCCAAGAGCGCCUCGUGGAGCGCUACCGCGGCCGGCGCGCCAAGCUGGUGGCCUGUGACGGCAAUGAGAUCGACACCAUGUUCAUGGAUCGCCGCCAGCACCCAGGCAGCCAAGGCCGAGGCCUGCGCCUUGUCAUCUGCUGCGAAGGCAACGCCGGCUUCUAUGAGAUGGGCUGCCUGUCGGCGCCACUGGAGGCUGGCUACUCGGUGCUGGGCUGGAACCACCCGGGCUUCGGGGGCAGUACAGGCGCGCCAUUCCCUCAGCAUGACGCCAACGCGGUGGACGUGGUGGUCAAGUACGCGCUGCACCGCCUUCACUUCCCGCCCGCGCACGUGGUGGUCUAUGGCUGGUCCAUCGGUGGCUUCACGGCCACCUGGGCCACCAUGACAUACCCGGAGCUGGGUGCGCUGGUGCUCGACGCCACCUUCGACGACCUCGUGCCGCUGGCCCUGAAGGUUAUGCCCCACAGCUGGAAGGGACUCGUGGUGCGCACCGUGCGCGAGCACUUCAAUCUCAAUGUGGCGGAGCAGCUGUGCCGCUACCCAGGCCCCGUGCUGCUGCUACGGCGCACGCAGGACGACGUGGUCAGCACCUCGGGCCACCUGCGCCCCCUGCCGUCCGGCGACGUGGAGGGCAACCGCGGCAACGAGCUGCUCCUGCGUCUGCUGCAGCACCGCUACCCGGUCGUCAUGGCGCGGGAAGGCCUCGCGGUCGUGACGCGCUGGCUACGUGCGGGCAGCCUGGCGCAGGAGGCCGCCUUCUAUGCGCGCUACCGUGUGGACGAUGAAUGGUGCCUGGCACUGCUGCGCUCCUACCGCGCGCGCUGUGAGGACGAGCAGGAGGAUGAGGAGGCCAGGGGGCCUCAUGGGCUCUCCUUCCCCUGGCUAGUGGGCCAGGGCCUGAGCCCGCGGCGGCGCCGGCAGCUCGCACUGUUCCUGGCACGCAAACACCUCAAGAAUGUGGAGGCGACUCACUGCAGUCCGCUGGAACCAGAGGACUUCCAGUUGCCCUGGAGGCUGUAGUUCUUGCCCCUGCAGCUGCGGGCAAGUGUGGGUGCAUUUGCGCACCUUCAGGGCCUCAGGUCCUUACCCUCCCCACACCGGAAACCAGUAAAGCUGGCCCUGCCUGGGGAUCCCGACCUGGUGUCUGAGGGAGGGUGAGACAGGACAUAGGGAACCUGUCCUCUCUCUCUCUCUCCCUCACGGGCGUUUCCCCCUCCCUUCCUCAAGUGUUUCUCCCCCAAACACUUGUGGAUUCCGGUCUGCUCCUAAAGAGAAUGUAGACCCAGUUUAUGGCAACACUGUGUGAUGGGUGCUUUGAUCACCUCAAAAGGAUGGUGGGAACACGGGCUGUGGGACCCCAGCAGGUGCCCUUAACGUGGCCUAGGGUACAGGAUGGCUCUGAGUUUGGACAAGUCACCCCUAGCUGUGAAAGAACACUAGCCCUGGAAGAUUAUAGACUAGACCAGGAGUGUGAUGCUGGGCUCUUUAGGGUCCCCUCCCCACCUCCACCUUCCUGGCUUCUACAGGAAAGGACAACAGACUCAGAGUAACAGGUACUUACAGUGGCAUGUCCGUGAGGGCUACAGACACACCUGCACGGACCAUUCACUUGCUUGGCAUCCCCUUGAGCCAGGUCUGGGCUGGGCAUUGUUCCUGGUUCAAGGGUGUAAUACAGAAUGAGAGACAAGCCCUCUGCUCACCACCAUCUGUAAUGCAGUCGCUUCUCUACCAUCUGCCAUGAACUGCAUGAAGCGGGGACUGGGGCUAGCCAGGGUGGGCUGAGCAGGAAACUGCAAAACUCAAAGAAGCCAAGUGGGGCAGACAUUUAAUUGACAGCACCAGAGCAAGACACGGCCACGAUGCACCUAGGCCAGGGCCAGCCAGAGAUAUGUAGGUACCUAAGGUGACCUUAGGUGCCAGGAAGACACCUGUGGCUAGGUGAGCUUUGAGCUGAUAUAGAAGGAGCUAUCCAGGUUCAGGAAGGGGCUUCCAUGCAGAGGGAUCAGUACAAGCAGCGUGGCUUGGCUGGGAAGGGCCAGUGCAGUCCUGAAGGGUUUGAAUACCAUUGAAGGGUUUGCUUCCAGUGGCAAUUAGCCAAAGAAGGGAAGUUUUGGGACUUGUUUUAGCGAAACCGGGUUGUCUAGUGGUUACACACCUCUCCUUUGAGAAGUCCAGCAAACUUGUUCCAGCGUUUGCUGGAAGCCCCUCAACUAGCUGAGUGGUCUCGGACAAAUUACUCUAACCUCAGUCUCCUCAUCUGUAAAGUGGGGAGGGCUCCAGCUGGAUUCUCGGGUUGUGUGAAAAGGAAAUGAAAGAACACCGAGGUGCACGCGGUGCAGGAGCGCGAAGGCUGCCCUGCAGGCGAGACGCCUCCAGCCAAGUCAGGGUCGCGGCGCCUGCCGGGCAAGAGGACGAAUCGCGGACACGCCUUUUUCUGCGUUACCCCCAUACAAUUAAAAAUAAAUAAAUAAAAAUCCCUAUAAAGAGAAAGGACUUAAAAAAAAAAUGAAGGGAGAAGCUAAUCCCAAAGUCGGGGUUCGGGUCUCAAAAACGGAUCUCAAGCAGUCUGUGCGGUGCGGUAGCCAUGACACUCCUAGGCAGCGGCAAACACCCUCGACAUCUCCAAAAGGGCCAACCCUAUAGGCUUCCCCAGCGCCAUGUUGGACGGUCGUCCCACUUCCCACCUUCCCAGUGCGCCUUCGGACCUUUCUACCUGUGUCUCGCUGGUG